AUGGCCGGAAUUGCACAGUCCGAACAUUCUGUAGAGGGACACUUGAAUCCCGCAGGUACAGAGCCCAGGGCCUCCUCCCCAUCAGCAUUCAAUGACACCAACAUCCUCGCUCCCACACCCCGCUACUUCAUGACUCCAGCUAUGCUAGAAGUGCUUCCCAGAAGAAGGGGACCUUCAGCCAGGCUGGCAGAUGAAUUCGCCACCCUAUACCCAAACGAACCAAGGACAGGAAGGCGAUUCCAUCAGUGGGAAUAUGAUAUCCGAGCUCGAGACCACUCUGAAGAGGAUCGGCAGCGAUAUCGAACACAGCCAAUAGAUGUGGUAGCAAGGCACGGGGGGGCAGCAAGGGGGCAAGACUACGUCUGGUCAAGCCACGCUUCAGGGACUCCGCCAGGAUAUGAGCGAUACAGGCUCCCCGAUAACCGGCAGAGUUACUACCUGGCACGACCCGGUCUUCCCCCACCCACGGAGGAAACACCCGGAUUCUGGACCCAGCCUGUUGAUAUGCGAUGUGCUUACCAACAUCUCCAGGCGGACUACGACCGUCUGCGGGGCAGGCUCGACACAGCCCUAAGAGAAGUAACGGAAGCACGGGAAGGACGCCUGGUGGCCGAAGCAACCCGGGAUCGUCUCAUGAGGCAGGUGAACGAAUACGAGGCUUCGCGAACAGAGCGCGGCAACCAGAUCCACAAGCUAACAGUGGAACUGGAAGCCAUGAAAAAAGCAUACAACUCUAGUGAGGCAAGGAAACCGGUCGAUAAGGGAAAGCGGAGACAGGAUCCUGGUCAACAGGACAUUCGAGAUUGGGUAAAAGGAGUCAGCGGACCCGCCGGCCCUAGCGGACUCAAGCCGGCACACCAGGCAAACCCUGAGCAGCCGUCCGGUAGGGUGCAGAUGCCCCCAAUAUCCCCGGCACACUCCUACGAGGGAGACCAAAAUGACAAGUUGGCGGGGGCACACUAUGCAUUCCCACCAGAGCAACCGGUCCCACCACCGGACCGGAGUCGUCGCUCUGCCGCCCCGCCGCCAGCAUCCUCGGACGAAGUUCAUAGGAAAUCGUUCCGAGGACCAAAGGUCAACCUCCCGGAGCCAUUCGAUGGCACCAAGGCAAAGGCAAAGGCAUGGCUUGUCGAUGUGAUGAACUACAUCAUCAUGAAACCCAGCGAAUUCGAGGAUGAACAAAAUCACUGGAAAGCCUCCCUUCUGGAAAGGAUGAUGGGAGGCCCACCGGUAUACGCCACGCUCCAGGACUUCAUCGCGGACUUCAAGAAAAUGUACUACCCCGCGAAUCCGGAGCUGGAAGGCCAACGAAUGCUGCGGAAUAUGCAGCAAAGGUACAAGCCUUGGGAGGAAUUCGAAGCCGAAUGGGAACAUUGGGUCAAGGUCUCGGGGUAUAAGGAUGAACAGCUACUGCUCCAACUACUUAGGACGGCCAUGAGGAAAGAACUCUGCGACAGAGGCAAGGGGAAAGCCAAAGACUCCAAAACCCGACAAGUCCACCAGGAGGAAGGUUCGACAACGGCAACGGUCAAUGCGGUCAGGACAACGGGAAGGGCGCCCAUCAGAAACGUCGAUGAGGCAGGCAAGGCGGUGCCACACAAGGAAACGGUAGGCAUCGAAAACGAACGCGACAAGCACCGAAAGUGUGGUACAUGCGGAAAGGAAAGGUCGGAGAAGGGGUCGUGCACGGAUAUAUGGCACACCCACUACUACGACGGGAAGGCGCAGUGCUGGCGCAAAAAGGAUGCCCAGCCUGCAGCUCGGGCCAGUACGGUAGAAGAAACUGAGGCCGUACGAGCAUUCAAGGCGGCCAUCGCGGCCAACCCCGCUCUGCUCAACCAGGCGGGUUUUCAAUUCGGCAAGGCUUAA